ACUUACUAUUCUUCUUACUACACCUUUGAGUAAUUGUUUACUUAAUUAUGCAUAGAGUUGAAAUUAAUUAAUGAAAGAAACGAUGAAUGAAAUUACUCAAUGUAAUUGGUUCUACCCACACAUCUAUCAAUAUUAAUACUCAGUCUACAGUUCCUGCCUUUGUGAAACCAAAAAUGUUGGAUUCUUCACCUGAAGAUGAAGACUUCCCUGGACGUCUUUUACACCAGGCUGCUCUGUGGGAUAACACAGAAUUACUAGAAGACUUACUGGCUGGAGGUCAACAAAAUUUCAUCAAUUCUCAAGACAGUUGGGGUAGAACGCCACUGCAUGCAGCUGCUAUUACUGAUAACUCAAAAUGUCUUCAGUUUCUAUUAAAUUCUGGUGCUGACCCAAACAUUCAAUGUGGGCUACGAGGAGAAAAAAAGACACCAUUACAUUUAGCAGCUGAACAUGGGCAUGUGAAGAACAUUUUGAGUUUGUUGCAACAUAAUGCAGAUCUAUCCAUAAGGGAUUCAAAAGGGAUGACUGGUAUUGACUUGGCAGAAAAAUGUGGUCAUGUGAAGUGUGUGAUGGUGCUUAAAGAGGCUUCAGGUAAGUUUUUUAUCAAAAUAUUCUAUUUCUUGUAUAAUAUUUGGUGUAUAUAUUGA